CUUUCCUCUCCAGCGGAAAUCGAUUUCUGUAAUUUCAAUUAUCUUCUUCCUUUCAAAACCCUAAACCGUCGAGCUCCGGUCAUAAGUUUUCAGCGUAAGAUUUGAUGCGAUGAAGAGGGCAGUGCCAUGGGAUGCUAAUGAGACAAACGAUUCAUCCUCCUCCGAUGAAUCUUCAUCUUCAGAUUCGGACUCUGAAGCUGAAGAUGGACCACCCAACGCCAAGCUUAAGAAAUUAACCCAAGCAAGGUCUGGGAAACAAAAAGGAACCGGGUUGGAUUUCGAAGCUCUGAAGCGACAUGGAUAUAAGGGAGGAUUAUCUGUGUUGAAUGUGCCUCCUCCAAAAGAGAAACCAGACUGGUCUUGGUCAACUGGCAGAGACAGCAGUGAAACCAGGGAGGUUAAAGAAUCUUUCGAGGACAGACAGAAAACAAGAGCUGCGGUAUUGGAUGCGGAGGAGCUGGCUAACGUACAAACUCGGAAAGAGAAGCAGGGUGCUUCUUUUUCACAGAAGGAGAAGCGGAAAAGAGAACUCGGUCAGGCUAGCAGGGGGAAGAAUUAUGUCGAAGAAGAGAAGAGGUUGCUCCGGGACAGUGGCAUCUAUUCUGGUUUUGAUACUUGAUUUAUGAACACGGGAAUGACUAAUGAGCUUUCGCAUCAUGUUUGGGUUGUAGUUGGAAUUCUCAUGCUAUAAACUUGGUUGUAACCUACAACUAAGGAUGGAUUGAGCGGGCUGAUGGUAGUCGCAUCCUUUAAAAUUUUCAAACUCUUAUAUAAUUCAUUUUUUUUUUC